AUGGUGCAAAAGUCGUCCUCGUCCUCGUCCGCGUCGACGGCGGCCCCACGUCGUUCGAGUCGAGCGAGCACGCCCACCGCUCGAGCCUUGUCGCCCGGAUCGACGCCUCCUCCUGUGCCCUCGAUCGCGUCGACGCUCGCACCCCCCUCGGCCUCGGGACGCAAGCCCUCCUCGUCCUCGUCCGCGAGUGGGCGUGGUCCGUCCCCCAAGCCCCGCUCCAAGACGGCUUCGGGUACGCCCAGCGGUCGGGCCAACUCGCCCGCUUCGGCCGGCGCAAAGACGCGUCCGCCGCUCCCCUUGAGCGACAAGAACGACCUCCUGCUCGAGGCAAAGGCCAAGCUGCACAAGGUCAAGACCCAGACCCUCCACCUCGGACCACCGACCAACGACACGAUCGUCAUCGCCAGGGUCAAGUGCCCCGUGCCCAAGGGCGUCCCAGGGUGAGUCUCCAGCCGGACCGGCGUUUUGUUUGGUCCAGGCGAAGGCGCGCAGGGGGGGCCAGUCGGACCGGGGUGUGAUCGCCCGUGUCACGUGCUACAUCGCGUUCCGACACGCGUCAAACUGUCAAGGCCCGUCGAGCUUUGUCAUUUCUUAUCACAUCGGGUCGAUCACGAACUCGUCUGUGGUGCUAUCCUUGUGGGCUGUCGUCCGUGCUCGUCGCAAAAACACAGGGGGGCCAGAGGCGGGACUGGGGUAAACAAACCUACCUGCGCGCCACGGCUAUCACUCCGGCACAAGCGCGCGCACCAUUGCACGUGCUCUUUGACACCGACUCGGACCUCCGUGCCCAGACUCCCAGUCGUGGCCGCACUCCAUCUCGAUCUGAUGGCAGUAUGCUGACACCAGCUCUUCUCCCGCGGCGUCGUCUCUUCACAGCCAUUUGAUCAAACGCUUCGACACCAAUGCCAUCUCUGCCUCGUCCUUCUUCCGCGCCGCGUUCCCGACCGCAUCCGUCGCAGCCGAGAGCGCAGAGAUGAAGUACAUCGUCGCUCACCCCAGGCAAUUCGGCAACACCAAGGUCGCCGGUCGCGAGGACGACGAGGCCCAUCGCCUCAGUGGCACCUGGUCAGUCCACCCGAGUCGCUCUGGGGAUCGGUCAAUGAGAGGAGCAUAUCGCUGACGAUGGUGGUCACGAACAGGAUCCCGUGUGACAAGGCCCUCGCGCUCGCUGAGGAGUAUGGACUGACUAAAUUCGCGACCGACCUCGUCAACUAUGAGCAAAACGCCACAUCCGACGCAGCCGCCGAUCACUCGGAAGCUGACGUGAGUCCUCGAACUUCGGCGAGGACGCGGGCGGAGAACAUGCUGUCCUGACCAGAGAUAUUGCUCCUGUUGAUACUGCAGUCGCCCGCUCUUCGCUCUCCUCGCUCCAAACGCGCACGUGUGCAGUCACCCCGUACUGCUGCCGCCUCUCCUACCCCCAAGUCGGCGCUCUCCGGCUCGUCGGCAAACGGUGUCUCGAUCCUGCAAACGCUUUCGACCGAUGCCAAGACCGGCGUGACGACCGAAACGACCGAAGUCAAGGUCGAUGUGCCCGUCUCGGACGCGGCCGAGGCUUCGUCGAACGGCCUGGUCGCUUCGGACGAGGCCGUCGCCGCGCAAAUCGCCCAAGCCCAGCAGCUCGUCAAAGACCUCAAGGCUUCGGGUACACUGGCCAAGUUGACACAAGACACCACGAUCCCUUCCUCAUCCGUGGCCAAGCGCGCAUACGAGGAGGACGAGGACGAGUUGCCGCAAACGGGCACCCUCGCCGAUGCUCUGCGAGACGACCGAGGCUUCUUUGGCAAGCUCUUCAGGAGGAGACCGAACGGUGGGCGUCGCGUGCCUGUCAAUGCUGGAAGGGAGAUCCGAGCGGCGCCUGCGCAGCUCGCUUUGGUGCAAAGGGAAGAGGCCGAGGGUCGACGAUGGGUCGCUGGCUUUGGCUUGGCUCUCGCCGUCAGUGCUGUUAGUUCUUGCUCUUCGCAUGCUAAUCCCCUGGUUGGAGUGAGUUGUUGGCUGACAUUCAAAAACCCAAUCCUGACACAGACCGCUGCCGCGCCGUAUCUCUUUGGUUGA